AUGCAGCAACAGGAAUGCCAAUUAAAGCUAGCACAAGAACGAUACAUAUUAGCAGAGCAACAGAGACGUUAUCAAGCGCAACAACAACCGCAUCAAGAGCAUCAAAAACACCUUAAUCUUCCACAACUACCACUACAAUUCCAACAACCCCAACAAGCUCAGCCAUCACUAUUCUGCUCUGGAACAGGAUCUCGAUUUGAUGCUCGGUCUAUCGGGUCUACUUACUCUACCACUCCUUCAACACCUUGCCCCUGGGUCGUUGCCGCAUCAGCUCAGAUCUCUCCACUUCAACCAAAAGAGACGGCUUGUCCAGAUGUCGGAAUGGUAGAUGUUUGUUCAAUGGUUGUCGAAGACGAUCGAAUGGAUUUGGAGCACCAAGAUGUUGUUGAUGAGAAUAAGAUGAUCAUUGAUGGGUUCGAGAUGGAUUGUGUGAUGAUGGAAGUUGACCUUUUAUCUGAUGAUGUAGAUUGUUUCAUGCAAUAA